AUGUGCGGAACACGUAGCGUACGCGGUUUUUGGCGCGAGUUCAAUUCAAGCGUCAUCGACUACGUGAAAAGCUUGGUUAACGUUCUUUUUGUAUCUAUUUCACUAUUUUCAAUGCAUAAAUGAAAAAAAGGCCAAUGGAGACUUGAAAAAAAAGUGAACAGAGCGAUAAAAAAAGCUCUCCAAACAGUCGCCGGCGAUGGAUUGGAUGUGUGCGAACGCGCACGCUACGCGUCUCGCCUCCCUCGCCUUUCAAGUCGGGAAAGCUGACUAUACAAAGGAAAUUUUGGUGGAAAAUAGAAAGUCAGAAUGAGUCGAGAAGUUUUUGCGAGGAUCAGAAAAAGUGUCAUUUAUUACUGCGCCGUGUACGCAAAUAUCAGAUUUGACGAAUGAUAGAAAUAAAUCCUCAGAAAUCGGGUUCUUCAAACCAUUUAUGAAUCUAUGGUUCCGUUCAGUUUCAAUGUUCGUUUUCGAUUUUGAUGGAGAAAAAACUUCGAGUCAUUCAGCACCCCAAAUUGAAUUUUUUUCUCCAUUUUUCUUUUUGCUUUCAGGCUUAAGAAAAUGAAAACAACUUUUUUUACACUUAUGUGCCAUAACAGUUUUUUUCUUUGAGGUUUCCAUUGAAAAGGUUCGAAUACAGACUGCAAAAACCGAAAAAUCAAAAUUGAUUUAUAAUACGAAUUAUUUAGGAUUGGGAAUUGAUACAUGGGAAUCUAUUUCCUCCGUUUUUCCCACCGCUUUACGUUGUUCGUGCACCCUCCGCCAAAAUCGGCAAUAAUUGUAUUUCCACGCAAAAACUAUUUUCUCAUUUUGUCUCAGUUCUCCAAGACCGUUUUGAUUUUCGUUCGGACGACUCUUCAAGACACAGUCCAGCUCCAGAUGUGCUUGCCGCACGAUAGCGACACCGUCUUUCGCCGAAAAUGCACAUGUCGUCAACUGAGUCUUUUUUGUCUCAAUGUUUUGUUUAGGUCUGGAGCGACGGGGAGGACCGCCGUUCCUCCUGUCCGAUUUCCUGCGCGCGCUGCCUCCGAUUGGCAUUUCGAAUCGCGGUGAGUAAGGCACAUUCUAUCGCACACGUCAUUGUGUUGCGAGUUCUCGUGUCCGUGCUCCUGCGCGCUUUUAGUCAUCCUUAUCCAAACUCGCGAACUCUCGAAACGAUUCAGAGGUAACGUCAACUUCACAACAGUGAUUUUGACCAAAAAGCAGGCUUUUUUAAGAGCUGGCUCAUUAGCCCACUGGCUGCCCGCCUGUUUUUUAGCCCGAGCUGGCCCGGCCUGAGCGAGAAAUCAAUCGAAAACGGCCGGCCUGUCCGAAGCGUAAAAAUCAAAUUUUUCGACGAUAAAAUUACGUUUUCAAUUUUUUUUUUCCACUCGAAAGUCAACGGAACCAGGGUUAAACUAAUAAAAAAUUUCGUGGUUAUAUCUUUUAAAAAAAUUAUCAUUUUUUUCGAUAUUCAUUGAAUUUAUUCGAACGGUUGCUUUGCGAAAAAAAAAAGUAUUAUGGCCCGUGCCGCGUCGGGCUGUCUUAGGGCGCCUCACACACAAUCCUGCACGGAAGUCAAUGAAAAUACAAGCUUCUCCAAAAAAGUUUUUUUUUUUGAAGGGGAAGGAAUUUCGUUUCGAAAAAAAAACAAACUCUAUUUCAAUCAUAAAACUUGGCCGGCGGGUCUCCGAGUGGUAAUUUCGACCAAUUUUCCUAUUUGUUUCUAAUCAAAAUUUAUUUAUCGUUUUCAAGCUUAAAGGGCUCUUGUCAGUUCCAGUUUGUUUGUAAGCCCAAAACUUUUUGUUUUCAUUUCUCUUUUUGAACGAAAAAAGGCUAUGUUGGUCUUUGACCCCUGGUUUUGUUGUCAAGCACAACAACGCCGCUUCUCUGGCCGCAGGAAUUGAGACAGACAGGGAUACAGAAGCCCCGCCUUUGCCGAAGCUCACUCACAUUAUGCGCAAACGGCUCAUGUUUUUCUCAGUUUCUCUACAUUUUCAGUUGCUUUUUUCAUAAAUGAAAUGUAAUAGAAAUCAACAGUAAUCUCAUAAAAAAUGUUGCAAUGUUCUUUGAUAUUCAUUUUUCCUCGAAAUUAAUUUUUAAAAAUUAAAUUCUGCAUAUUUUUCAUUAAAAUGGCAAAAGGAAAAAAAUUGUCGCUUUCUUUAUUGACUUAUAGUGUACCUUGAUAACUAAUUCAAUAUUAUGAAACUGAUAAAAGUCGUAGCUUUCGAAUAUGAAUUUUCCAUCAUUUUUUCCGUGAAAGUGUAGCAAUUUUACAGUGAAAAUGCCGCUAGACCCGCUGAGUUAUCUAACGGAUAUGAAUCAAACCAUUUACGUGGAGAGUGAAGAUGAAGGCGAAGAGGAUGGUGAGCUAUGAUCUUUUUUAGAAGUCCGCGCUUUUCAAAUUUUCCAGAAGUGUAAUAUUUUUACAGUUUUAAGCUAACCUUAUAAUUUCGAGAAAACGAUAAUCUCGGAAGCCUUUUCGAUGACGUGGGACAAACCGAAGCGAUUGUGAAGCUUUCGAGUCCAUCUCAAAAUGAGGACGAGCAUCAGCCUCAGUCUUCGCUCCAGUCUCAGCAUGCGCUUCGGCCUCAGUCCGAACCUGGCUACGUUAUGGUGGAGCCAGAGCGCUCCGAAAACUCGAAAAUUUUGAGAACCGAAGGUAGAUUAAUUGAUAUCUUUUUCCAGGACAGAUUUUUUUUAGCUAAAUGUGAAAUUUAAGAUGACGGAAAGCUCGAUUAUGAUUGGGUCGAAAUCGAAGAAGAAACCAUGACUGUCUUCAAAAAAUCAAACGGCACCACAUUGCUCAUCAAUCCAUUGGAGCCUGAACCAGCCGGAACUCAGAAAAGUGAGUUCGCGGUCGAUUAGUUCAUUUUUACAGUAAUAUGGGAUAUUUUUAUUUUUAUAUCAUUAUUGAAAAACGUUUUUCAGUUGUUUUCCUGAGCCCUGAGAAGCCGGAGCCGAUUUGCCGCUCCUAUCGAACCGUGUACGUCAAACGCAACAAAACGGUGGUGGUUAUGGAUGUAAAUUAGUUUUUUUAAUACAGCUCAGUCAACGAGUUUUUUUGCAGAAAGAAAUCGUCACCGACUAUGUCGAACACAGCGAAAAAUUUUUUGAACAAGAGAAGAGAGCCUAUUUCCAAAACUUUUGGGUAAGAUUUCGUUUGCAAUUCAAAAAGCGUCAUCAAAGCUGAAACAACAGAAAUCUCACAAAUUUUUUCAAAAUUUGCAUUCCAGAAGGAGAAAAAAUCGAUCCAAAACGUGCGGUUCAAACUCCACUAUCCAGAGGAUUAAUGAUCCACCAAGAACGAGAAAAAUCAAUAAUAUCGAACUGCCUUUUUUUCUCAUCUUUUUUGAUUGAUUGUUUGAUACCCUGUUGUUUUCUAUCCCCAGAUACCACUCUUUUCGGGCUGAACAUUGCCAUUCCAAUAAAAAUUCAAAAAAAAAACUGCAUUUCAUCUGAAGGCGUAUUCAUACUGUAUUAAAAUUGCUGAAAAUCGCAUUCUCAACGUUUUGAAAAUCUAAUUGAUUUUCAAUUAACGUGAGGAAUAGCGAGUUUUGAACAAUAAGAAUUUUUUUGGUUUCGGGGAGUAAAUAUCAGAAAAAACUUACAAUAUUAAUUUUUUUGCAGCCAUUCUUUUAUUUAGGUGAUGUAAAAAUAAUAAUAUUUCGCUUUUUUAUUCCCUCGAAAUAAUGUGAACGAGUUGCCACUUGUUGGUGGAAGCUCCUCAGACGGGACGGUAGUUCUCAUUUUCUGCAUCUAUAACCACUCUCCACGGGCGCUCCACUCUCUCUGCCGAAAGGUGACCCCAUCCGCAGCGUCCGAGGCGCCAUAGCCGAUGAUUCUUUUUUGCCUCUUUUUGAUUCAAACAAGAGCGAAAAAAUCGCCAGAAGCAGGUGAAGAGCAAAUCUGACAAAAAUAAGUCCAACAAACAAUUUUUCUUUUAUUCGAUGAUCCACCAAAAAGUUUUCUUCAGUUUACAUAUUUAUUCAAAACUGAAUAAAUAUGUAAACUUGCCAGAGACACAUCAAUUGAUCGAUCUUAUCGAAUAAAAGUGAAUCUAUAGCAACCACGGCUCCACAUUCCCCACCGUCACACACAAGGACGGAUAUGUCUUUAGAGCCAGUCCGCUGAUUCUUAUUGAUGUCAGGAUAGGACCUCCCCUCAUUGACUUGGUGCGCCGCUUAAGCAGUAAAAAGGCGUGAAAAAAAAAACUUUAUCUGACAUGACUGUUCAAAAAGCAGCUUGCACAAUUUAUAUUUUUUGUUCUUUUUUGAGUCUAUGGCACGUUUUUAAAUGAAGGGAUCCUGGAAUGGAUGUGUUUCAGAUAGUUUUUUUAAAUUUAUCUAUAAUUGCUUGCCUCUGCUGUAAAUUAAAAUAAAAAAAACCAAAUCGGCUUAUUAUUUUCAAGUCGCUGACGAUUAAUUAUAUAAAAACCAAUUCCCACUCGUUGGCUUUGAGCGGUUUUAUGAGUUAAAUUUUGCGAUUGGUUCAUAUCAAGUUCAUUUCAAAUUGUCUGUUUUUUGAGACACUCCUAAUUUUAUAUUUGAAAUAUUGACUGUCUCAGCUAAAGCGUCUUUUUCUAAGAAACACGUGUUCCAUUCUUAGAGGCGCUUUUCUUUUCAUAAUGUUUUGUUUAUCUGCAGCGUGAAUGGGAAGAUCGUGUCGCCGCCUGUCCGAAACGUCUCACGUGCUGCUUUUUGCCCUGGCACCCGGCUCGCGAUGCGAGUAAGACGACGCGCUCACGCGGGAAACGCACAAGAUUGAAAAUUGCCAUGGUUUCGAAACGUCUUGCGGGGCACUACUCUUAAUUUUAGUAGAUAAGAUGAGUCAGGAAAGGCCGGCUUGCGACCUUUUCUUCGGAACGAAAAAUCCACAAGGAACUCACUCAAGUUGAAAAAUUCCUGUUUCAUUUGGACUUGUUCAUCCAAUCUUCCGAACUACUGGAUUUGAAUCUUCAUAAUAGUAGAGACUACGAUAAGGCUUGAAACUUUUUAUUUUCAAAAAUAAAAUUUGAGCUCAGGCACAGUCCAAACAGCCUCAAAAAAGAUGUAGUGCUACUUUUCGAAUUUUCAAAGGUGCCAAAGGUUUUUCUGAAUUUCUGUUCAUCACAUUUUUCCACUUUUUUUUUCCUAGAAAGGAGACCUUUAGAGAAAGAUCUGCGGAGAAAAGAAUCCUCUGGGGCUUUUUUCCAAAAACUUCUUUUUAGGUCCUUUUAGAGCGGAUCUUUCAGAGUUGCAAUAAACUGAAGAAUUAAUGUUCAAGACUGUGACUGAAAUAAUAACUUGAUUAUUUUUUCCGUAUGAGGUCGAAUAAAGUGUUUUUCUCCGGAAAAAAAUGACAUGCGGCGCCGUCCCUCUGCCUGAGGGCAGACACCCAGAGGAUACAGAAGCACGCCCAUCGAUUCUUAAGAUCCGUACUUCGCUGUGCGCAAUCAUUCGCCUUUUUCUCAUUUUAAUGUAUUUGUAUCUAUAAUUCAGAUCGAAAAAAAACAAAAGCCUUUUUUCAUUAGCCUGUUGAAAAAUUGUGAUAAAAAACUUGGAAAAUCUCAUGUUUGAUAAUUUUCAAUAUACUUCUCAUCGUAAAGGUUCCAAAAGCGUUUUCUUCUGACUUUCCCUUUUUUUCCUAUCAAGAAACAAGCUCCCAUUGAAAGGAGAACAUAUGAAUUUGAUUCGAUAUCAAAAUUUUGAAAUAUUCUUUUUCUACGAAAAAGUUUCACUGCGAAACAUUGCAAACUUUUUCUAAAGCAUAAUUUUUUUCAUUGAAUUUUUUUAUUCAGUGAAGUUUUAAAUUUGUUCCUUUCGCCGAUUUAAACAUUAUAUUUUGAAACUUUCUUCUUUUUCAAUCGUACUUUCUGGAAUGAACAUUUUUGAUUCCAUAAUUUUGUUGAAGUCUUGAUGGCAUCGGAACAAGUCCUUGAAGAAGUGGAAAACUUCAUGUAUGAUGUGAUCGUGUUUGUCGAAGAGUACGUCGGAUGCCAAUAUGGUACGUUUCGGAAUGUUUUGAUAUAACAUUCAUAAAUAACGUUUUGAGAGCUAAAUAAAGUUUGGGAUUUUCAGAUGAAAACCACGUCGAUUACAUGGGUAGUUUGAUUCGGCGAGACACUCUUCGUCAGUUUUACCACGAGUUUGCGCAAGCUCUGCACAACAUGUUGUUCUAUCGGAACUCCCUGGGACAGCGCACGGAUCGCGCAGAAGCAGCGCAGGUCGGCCAGCCGAACAAUGGUCAGUAGUUGAUAUUUGAGGAGAAUUUCUGAAACCGAAGUUUUCUCAAUUUUUUUAUGUGAAAAAUCAAAACGGAGCGAUUCACUGCUUGACCUCAAAAAGGAGACUUUUUUGCAAUUUUGUAACAGUUCAAACAUAGUUUCAAUGACGAAAAAAAAUUUUUUUUUAGUUCAAGGAGGUCAGGGGGUUGCAAAUGUCGCUCAGCAAGACCAAGACGACGAUGCAGAGCUGCCGGACAUAAUUGUUACCGCAGCAAGUAAGUAUUUUACUGAAUCUCGCUUUGAUUAGCUUUAAGUUGCUUGAAAUGUUCAUAUACUACAGAUGGCGGUCGCGAUACUGCGCAGAAUUGAGGGGCGGAGUGAUGUUGAAAAUCUUCAAUCGAAGCUAUUCCAUCGACAAUUCUCAAACUCUUUCCAUUUUCUUAACUGAAUUUUUUGUACUCGUUUUGCUCUCAGUUGUAUAGUCUGUUUGAAUAUAGUGGGCGAGUGUUCGGAGGCGUAUUAACUACAUUAUAAGUGUUUCCCAGGCAAAAAAAAAGCAAUCUUAGUCUCAUAUUGAAUCUUGCGAAACUUCUGCGCCACAAACAAUCCAGUCAAAAUUUUCGAACACAGUUAAACUCGAAACAAAGAAACACGUUCAAAAAAUCUCUUAACCCCUCUCUUCUAUAAGUCUGCUUCAUUUUGCAUUUUUUUUCGUAUGAACCAUUUUGCCUGAUUUUUUGUAUGUUUGGUUUAAUUUAUCUUGUUUUUUUUUCAACUUUAUUUUUGAUGUUGAUGAAAAUUUUUCUCCCGUGCAUUUUUGAGCUAUUCACGAUAUCAGUCUAGGAAAGUGAGAAUUCAAAACUAACCUCUCAAUAUAAGUAGCUAAGAAGGCUUCUUCUUUUUAAAGAAAUUCGGUUUUUCUCAUGGCUUCAUGGACAAAGGUCUAUUUUUUACUAGGUCCUUGGUAUUUCAAAAGGAAAUCACGUUAGUGCGACAGCUUCACCAAAGUGCUUUUUGUUGAUGUUUUGAUGUAAUCGCAACUAACUUGAAAGUUACGAUAGUUUUGUUCUUUAAAAAUAUUGAUUGAAUUAUCGCGAGGAUUGAAUCAUAUGACGUGUUCCUCUGAGAAACUCGCACAAAAACUAUAAAUGGAAUCAAUAUUUAUUGAUGAAGAAAGCCUGUGGGACGCACCUCCCAUCCCGACGUAUGAUCUCUCGACCUGCAUAUCCUGAAUUUGCUUGGAGCAAGCGUCCUUCUUGCUUUUUUCUUGUUGUCCUCGUCAGUCUUCCAUUUUUCUAUCGAAGGAUUCGACUUUCCGACGAUAUUUUGAAUCAUUUCCAUUUUAAGUUUUUGUUUUUAUUGAACUCCUGGAAACGUUUGUGUUUGUUCGCUUUCAAAAAUUUUUCGGCAUUUGAACAUUCAAAAAAAUUACUGGAAACGUUUUCUUGAAUUUACAAGUUAUACAAAAGUUGAAACUUUGACUUCUUUUUUUUCAUUAUUAACUUAUCGCUAAAAAAAGAAAAAGCCUAUCAACCGGGAAAAAAAUGUUACGCCUUGUGGGACAGAAGUUUCUUUCUAUCUUCCACAUUUAUGGUGAUCUUAAGAGUAGCUAUGAGAAAUCCCAUCAUGCGCAAAAAAAUGAGACAAAAAUUCGUUUAUUUGAUUUUUUUCUCUUUCACUUGAAUGUCCCACUUGAAAAAAAUCAGAUUUUUUUCAUCACAAAUAACUUUCUGAAUAUUUUCAUUCAUUUUAAAAAAAUGAAAUCUUUAAAAAAAAAGGUGAGUUUUUUUCAUUGACCUCCUAUUUUUUUAAGAUCCUCAUGGCGUCGGACGAGGAGUGGGAGAUUUAUUUGCAAAAUAUACGAAACAACUUGUUCAAUCUGAUUUCUCAGAUUGAGAACGUGCUCGGACGCGUAUUUGGUAAAUUUUGGUUGUUUGAUGUAAUUUCUAACAAAAAAAAAGCUGUCGAGAGAAGUCGAAACUUAUUCCUGAACUGAAAUAAAUUUUUCACCACAAGAAUUCAUAGUUUUGUGUAUAUCAACAAAAAGAGAUGUGGUUUUCACCUUUUACAAAUACAAUAAGGUCGAAAAUGGAAAAUUUUUAUUGGUCGCGAAUUUUGAUUACAGAAAUUUCCAGAUCCGGUUCAUGUCGAAAUUCUGAGAAGUUUCGUGGAGCGUGAUACCCUGCCGGAAUUUUUUAUACAAUUAAGAAUCGCUCUGUCCAAUAUAGCUCAGUUUGGAAAUUCUCUUGAAGAAGAGCCGGAACACAGGGAAGAGGAAAUGCAUCCUGAUCUGCCAAUAGAUGGUUUGUUCUUUAUUAUAAAACUUUUUUGUACAUCCCGUGAUUUCGAAUUUUUGCUUUUUGAUGAAUGAACGUUUUAAAAAUUGUCGCGUGUAAAGUCCCUGCCUGAAAACUAAGAAAAAAAAACUUCAUAACGUGAUUUCUCCAAAAUUUCAGUUCAUCGGGCUGAAAAAAAUUGAAAAGGUCUUUUCCAAUCAUCUUUUUCUUAGAAGACGAUGAAAGUGGCAGUCGCGAAGAUCAAAGCGACGCUGGAAAUGAGGAGCCGCCAGCUGGCGACAAUUUCAUCCUGCGAUUCUACUCGUACAUGUACUAUCAAUGA